AUGGUGGAGGGUUUCUUUGACCGGGGCGCCGGCAUCGUGGAGAACAAGCUGGUGGAGGACCUGAAGACCCGGGAGACGGAGGAGCAGAAGAGGAAGAGGGUGAAGGGGAUCCUCCGCAUCAUCAAGCCGUGCAACCAUGUCCUCAGUGUCAGCUUCCCCAUCAAGAGGGACAACGGCGACUGGGAGGUGGUGGAGGGCUACCGGGCCCAGCACAGCCAGCACCGCACCCCCUGCAAGGGAGGUCAGUAUGAGCGCCGGGGGACUGUCCCUAUUCACCGAUCGGGACCCUGCUGUCCCUAG